AUGGUACCCUCUACGGUCUUGGUCUCUCAUAAGAGUGAGGCGGAAACAACGUAUGAAGUGUCGUGGGACGGGCCCGAUGAUGUUGCUAACCCGCUCAAUUGGAGCUCUGCAAGAAAAUGGCAAAACGUGGUCCUGGUGAGUAUCCAGGCAACGCUGUCACCCAUGGCGUCGGUCAUGCUGGCCGUGACCAGCACCGCGGUCACGGCGGAUUUCCACCAGACGGACUUGUAUACACCGAGUCUGCCGACUGCGCUCUUUGUGCUGGGGUUCGGGCUGGGGCCAUUGUUCCUGGCGCCGCUGUCCGAACUGUAUGGGCGACGCAUAAUUUACCUGUCGUGUUUCACCGCGUUCACGGUGAGCAACAUCCUGUGCGCGGUGGCGCCAAAUAUGGCCGCGCUGGUCGUUUUCCGCCUAGUGUGCGGCAUGGCAGGAUCGGCCGGCCCGAGCAUCGGUGGCGGCACGAUCCGGGACAUGUUUACGCCCGAGACACGUGGCCGCGCCCAGUCUGUUUACAGUUUCGGCCCCACCGGCGGCUCUGCGCUGGGCGGCAUCAUCGGCUCAUUUAUCCUGGCCGGCACCGGCAACUGGCGCUGGGUGCUGUGGGUGAUGGCCAUCGCGUCGGGUAUCACCAGCGUCGUCUCGUUUUUCUUCCUGUACGAGACCUACCCGCCCUAUCUCCUGCGGAAGAAAGCGCGCCAUCUUCGCGCCUCCACCGGCAAUGACGCCCAUCACAGCUCCUACGACAGCCCGCUGGGCCACCGCCAGCUGCUUGCCCGCACCUUGACGCGAGCCAUGCAUAUGCUUAUCACUGCGCCCGCCUGCACUGCCAUGAGUGUUUACAUGGCUCUCAUUUACGGAAUUUUGUAUCUUCACAUGGUCACACUCCCGCUACUAUAUUCGUCCAAACCUGUGUAUGGCCUCCCUUCGUAUGAAUGGCCGGCUGCCUUGACCGGGCUGUCCUAUCUGGGCGUUGGAGUCGGCUCAUUUGGGGGCGUUUUAGUCUGCGCGCUGUGUCUGAACCGCACGUACAUGAUGAUGAAGGAACGCGCGGUGAGGAAGGGACUGCCCACCGAGACCAAGUAUCCUCAGUUCCGCAUUCCGUUGAUGCAAGUGGGAGCAUGUAUUGUGCCGUUGGGCCUGUUCAUCUUCGCCUUUACUGCGCGCACCUAUGUGCACUGGAUAGCGCCACUAAUCGGCGCCGCGGUAUUCUCGGCCGGCAUGCUAAUAACGUAUGUCUGUGUCACAACGUAUCUGGUCGACUCCUUUGAUCAGUACGCGGCCAGUGCCCUAGCCGCCAUGACCCUGGUCCGGAGCAUCAUGGGCUGUAUCUUUAGCUUGAUUGGGUUUCGCCUGUAUGAGUCUCUGGGUUACCGAUGGGGCACGCUUAUGUUGGCUCUUCUCUGCGUGUUGGCGAUGCCCCUGCCAGCUCUUUUCUAUUUUAUUGGGCCGCGAUUUCUCCGUCUCGGAGGCUAUUGA